AUGCAUCCACAAGCGGAUCUCAUAGAGCCAAAGAAGACCCAACAGACGUUCACCCAGCAAUUAGCCAGUUCCCUCACACCUAUCCGCAACCUCAUCUCCUUCGGCACCCCCUCGUCCACGCCCAGUUCUCGCCUGUUUGCUCGCGUACCCGCUUCCACAGUCAUUCUCGUCAUCGGUCUUGAUGGAGCCGGGAAGACAUCACUGCUGCGAGACUACCUAUCCCCACGGCCCGAUAGCGUGAAGACCGUCACCUCUACCAUCGGCACCCCUACCAUCGGCGUCAGCCUGGAGGAUCUACAAGUUGGCCCAGCGUCCUUCCAAGCAUAUGAUCUUGGUGGCUGUCGGCCACCGUAUUGGCAUCGGUUCGACGAAGAUUUGUUCAGGCAGGCGGAUGCUGUGAUAUACAUGGUUGAUGCAGCAGAUCGCGACAGAGUGAUGGAGGCGAGGGAAGAGUUGGUCAUGUCUGGGCUGAGAGCUAACAAUGGGGGGAUGAGACAAGGGGUUCCUUUGUUGGUCUUAGCGACGAAGAUAGAUCUUGAGAAUGCAAGACGACCGGAUCAGAUCGAGACGUUUUUCAUCGAUAACGUUUCGACGUCAAUCGGCGAACGGCCGAGGAAUGUUGUGGGUGUCAAUCUUAAGACGGGGGAAGGAGUGUUGGAGGCACUCUCCUGGUUGAGCAACGCAUUGUCGCCCCGCAAAGACACUCUCUGA